AUGCUGGUUUACCAUAGUUACUAGUUAAUCAACUUCGAUCAUUUUACUUGCUGUAGUUUUCCUAUUGACGGUUCUCUAGAGUCCCAUACACUUCACGGUGGAUUCAGACAUAUAAAAACUGAAACGUUUAUACCACUUACAAAAAGUUACAUGCGCAUAACUCAAUAUUUUUUACGCACGAUUGACUGGUACCAGCUACAAAUACUGAUAAUACUGAUAAUACUCUAAAUACUGAUUAUACUCUUUAGAUAAAAUUAUUCACAGUGCAAUAAAAUGUCAGACGGAAGAACAAUUUCAUAUAAAAAAUAUUUGAUUGAAGCUGCUAUAGCUUUGUUAUGUAUAUUUAUUUUCUGUGAAUAUGUUCUAUAUUACAUUGUACUUAUUCAGUGUUCCUGGCCCACUUUGAAUCCAAACAAACAAGAUGUGACAAUUUCUAAACCAGAUGCAGAAGAAAUUCCUGUGCAUGCAAUGUUUAUAGCAGACACUCAUUUAUUAGGUCCCAAAAAAGGACAUUGGUUUGACAAAUUAAAAAGGGAAUGGCAAAUGUAUAGAACAUUUCAGACUACAGUUACACUUCAUAAACCAGACAUAAUUUUUGUUUUAGGUGAUUUAUUUGAUGAAGGACAAUGGAGUAGCUCUUCAGAAUUUAACCAAUAUAUUCAAAGAUUUUAUUCAUUAUUCUCUGUGCCUAAAAACACUCAUCUUUAUGUUGUUGCUGGAAAUCAUGAUAUUGGAUUUCAUUAUGCUAUUACACCAUUCUUAAAUCAACGAUUCGUGAAUGGUUUAAAAUCACCAAGUGUGAAAAGAGUUACUAUAAGAGGGAAUCACUUUGUUUUAAUAAAUAGCAUGGCAUUAGAAGGAGAUGGUUGUUUCUUAUGUCGUUCUACGGAAAUCGCAUUAAAUAAAAUUGCAACACACCUAAAAUGUGCCAAAGGUAUGGAAAAUCAUUGUGAUAAAAAUAAUAUUUCAAGGUAUAGCAGACCAAUUAUUUUACAGCAUUUUCCGAUGUACCGUGAAUCUGACGAAAAUUGCAACGAACUUGAUCAAGCGCCAAAUGAUAUAAAAAACAUUAAGUUUAGAGAAAGAUGGGAAUGUUUAUCAAAGGAAGCAUCUGAACAACUUUUGGAUAUAUUAAAUCCAAGACUGAUCAUUGAUGGCCAUACUCAUCAUGGUUGUAGAAAAGUACACAGAAGAGAUAUAUACGAAUUUACAAUACCAUCGUUUAGUUGGCGGAAUAAAGAUAAUCCUUCCCUCUUAUUAGCAAUUGAUGAGAUGGAGCAAAGGGAUCUCCCUCAGGCAUUCCGUCUACUUGGGGAGAUGAAUGCCAAUGUCCUACAAGUGAAUCAGCUUGUAGAUAACAUGUUGGUUCGUGUAAAAAAUGGAGAGAUUUCCACAGACAAGGGUCUUAGUUUCUUAGAAAUGAAAUAUCACAUGUUACUUUCUUAUUUGAUUAAUUUGACUUACGUAGUUUUAAGAAAAUGUUCGGGCGAACGUAUAGAAGGAGAUCCAUCGAUCGAUCGUUUAAUUGAAAUCAGAACUGUCCUAGAAAAAAUCCGACCAAUAGAUCACAAACUUAAAUAUCAAAUAGAUAAGCUUGUUAAGACUGCUGUAACUGGUACUAUUAACAGUGACGAUCCAAGUAAUUUUAAAGCAAAUCCUGAUGCACUUAUUGGCAAGAUUGAUAGUAAUGAUGAGGAAUCUGAUAGCGAUCAAGAUGGCGAAGUGGAUGGUUUUAAAUCAACACAAUCAAGGAAGUCUAAUGUUUAUGUGCCACCAAAAAUUGCUGCAGUACACUAUGAUGGAGAUGAGACAGUUGCAGAAAAAAUGCGUAAAGCAGGAGAAAGGGCUCGCAGACGUGCAGUGUCAGGUGCUGUUUUGAGAGAAUUAAAGGAAGAAUAUCUGGAUGCACCUAUUGAAGAUUCUCAUGGCCUCAGUGAGAAGCAAAUCAGUCUGGGUCGUGAAAAUAAGCGAAAGAUAGAAUAUGAAGAAACAUACAUGACACGUUUGCCAGUUACAAAACAAGAAAAACAUAGGCGUCGUAUGAUGACUACAGUUGGUACACUUGGGGAAGAAAUUACAUCUUUUGGGGAAUCAUCUGCUGUGUCUGCUAAGAAAAGGAAAACCCAGAAAAAGGGUAAAGCUAAAAAAAGUUUCAAGAAAAAACGACAUCAUUAAAUCAGCUUCUCAUAACAGUUCGAAAAGCUGAAUUUCGUACAGCAUUAAUAAGUAAGAUAAAACGCAAAAAAAAUUUACUUCGAUUCUUCUUGACAAAAGCAGAUGCCAUUAAUACUCGUUAAUAAGUUAAGCUAAAUAACUCAUAACAUCUAGUAAUUAAAAAAAAAGCAACCGUCGACGGUGAAGUAAAAUAGCACGAUGGUAAUUUAUUACUGCAUAAGACAUACUAAUGGUCGUGUAAUUGAUAAUUAUAGUUAAUAAUGAUUUUAAUCUUUAAUUGUUGUCUGAAAUCAAUUUUUAUCUGUGGAGUUGAAAUAUUCCAUGAAUUGCAAGAAAAUAUUCCAGUAUAUGAAAAGAUAAUGUCAAGGUACAUACGAGCUUAACUUAUAAAAAAAAAAUGAAAAUUACGUGUAACC